CGGCGUCGCGAGCUUUAGCGGGCGAAAACUCUCGAACCCUGUCGUCUGCUAUUGGUGCUACAUACCAGCAGACAAUUAUCGCACCGCCCCGGCCUCGCGAUAUUCCAGUGGAAGAGAAACUUGUUUAAAGGGAAAUAAUAAUUUUUCUCUGAACCGUUUGUUGCGGACCCUGGCUGAUCACGUGAUAUAAACAAGACAGUGUGUGUUGGAGGAGGCUCGCGAGGGAAUGUUUCCAUAUGCUUGUCUCGCCGUGUCUGUGUAGCGAGAUCUACCACUAGAUCGCCUGGGCUGAUUCGCUCUCUGCUGGAGAUUGAGUUAUGUAGCUGAGGCAUCGGCCUGCAUUCGUUAGACAUGGGACGCAAUCACCACAACACAACUCUCUCGGCUCACUGGAAAUAAAGUCGUCUGCUGAUUGUAAGGAUAUUUCUAGACACGAUGCUGCCCCGUAGGACUUUCCGAGUGGGCGUCGUCCUGUUGUGGGUAGGGGCGCUGACCCUUGGCCUGAGGGGGGCCGGGUACUUUCUCAACGUGCUUGGUGUGGACAUUACGGGAACCAACAACGAUGUUUUCAAGUCACGUGACGCCCCUGACAUGUCGUACAGCAGUCCUGAUGGAUACCACUAUUACCACCCCUCCAGUCCUAAUGGAUACCACCCCUCCAUGCUACACGGCAGUUCCCGCCACCUGUUGUCCCUUCCCAACUGCACCCCCCGGGCCGUGGAACAGUUCCCACGUGACUACUUCAGCCAGCAUCAGCGAGCCAGUGGCGCCAUCAUCCUGCACGUCGUGCUGGUCAUCUACAUGUUCCUGGCACUGGCCAUAGUCUGCGACAGUUACUUCGUCCCCUCCCUAGAGGUGCUGUGUGACCUCCUCCACCUCCAGACGGAUGUAGCUGGCGCCACCUUCAUGGCCGCGGGCAGCUCCGCCCCUGAGUUGGCCACGGCGGUCAUCGGCGUCUUUAUAGCCAAGGAUGACGUAGGACUCAGCACUGUCGUCGGGUCGGCCAUCUACAACGUCAUGUUCGUCAUUAGCGUCUGCGGCUUCGCUGCUGGAGUGGUUGUCCAGUUGAAUUGGUGGCCAUUGGUCAGAGAUUGUAUCGCCUACCUCAUCAGUAUAGUGGCUCUCAUCCUGGUCAUUGCUGAUGAAGUUAUAACAUGGUACGAGUCCGUGAUAUUCCUGGUGCUCUAUGCCCUGUACAUCCUGUUCAUGUUCUUCAACCAACGGCUGGAGAGGUACUGGGUGCCCAAGUUCUGGUGCUGCCCCCGGGAGGCCAGCUCCGUACCUGACCAGGUUGUCGUCCACUAUGAGAAGAUGCAGAAUGGCGAGCCUCGGACACCUGAAGAUGUAUUUUUAAAUAAAGGUCCCACAGAGACGACCCGGGUUAUAAUGGGCAAAGAUGGCAGCUCGGCGUCUUUGGACUCCAGCAGUUCAGCAGAUGAGUCAGCCACAGAGAUCCACAAGAUUGUUCCGGAUGAGUCUAUAUGGCACAUCCCCUCGGGGAAAUGGUCCCGUCUCUUGUGGAUUGUGUCCCUCCCCAUCUCAGUUCUACUCUACUUCACCACGCCAGACUGCAGGAAAGAAACCCUGAGGAAAUGGUUCCUGGUCACAUUCGUCAUGUCCCUAGUCUGGCUGUCUUUCUUCUCUUUCCUCAUGGUCUGGAUGAUUACAAUCAUUGGGUUCACAAUCAGCAUCCCAGACAGUGUGAUGAGCCUGACUUUUGUAGCGUUUGGUGUGAGUUUACCUGACGUCGUGGCCAGUGUUUUAGUCAUCAAGGAUGGUCUGGGUGACAUGGCAGUGUCUAAUGCUGUGGGCAGUAACGUGUUUGACAUCUUGGUUUGUCUGGGAAUUCCCUGGUUUCUGCAGACCAGUGUACUUGACCCAGGUAGCACAGUGCAGGUGUACAGUGAAGGACUUGUAUAUGCAUCAAUCACACUGUUAUCAACUGUAGCGCUUCUCAUCUUUGGAAUUCAUCUCAACAAGUGGACUCUGGACAAGCGCAUCAGUAUAAUUUUCAUGAUCAUCUACAUAGCCUACACCCUGCUAGCUGCCAUGUAUGAGCUCAAUGUCUUUGGCUACUUCCACCCAUCAGAAUGCCACAGUGACUACUAAAUUAUUUCUAACUGCUAGACUCUGUUCCAGCUCACUUCAAUAUUUAUCUCAUUUACAUUUGUUUACAAUGUUGAAGAAUGAGGAUGAACAUGCAUAAUGUUUGUAGUGAUAAGUUCUUAGUGAUAAGUUUCUAGUGAUCAGUUUACCAUUUUACACAUGAACAUUGCAAGUGUUUGUUUUCAACUGUCUUGUAAACUACCUUUAACAUGAUUCUCUGUGGACUGUCUAGUAAACCAUCUUUAACAUGAUUCUCUGUGGACUGUCAUGUAAACCAUUUUUAAUGCGAAUCUAAUAUUUUUUCUAACCCUUGGGAGCUUUAAUUUUAUUUUUGUCAUUUGUAUAAUAUUUGGGUUUUGGGAAUGAACAUACUUAUGAAUUAAACAUUACUUAUAAUUAUCGAAUUAUAUUUUUUAACACUGUGGAAUCCUGGAUACCAGAAUUGAGUGUUUAUUGACAAUCUCCUUUUCCGAAUGAAAUACAAAUGAACUUUUUGUGACAAGUUAUCCAAUCGCUUCACAGAAGAAGGUCAUGUGAUUGUCAGCUGAUGAGAGAAUGGACUAAAAUAUGACAUGCCACAUUCCCAUUUCUAGCUAGAAAUUGUUUUGCUUAACCAAAAACUUAUUUACAAAUGCAUGAAUGAGCUCAAAUACUGAAAACCAUUAUAAAGCAAUACAUUAAAAAAUUCUUUACUAAGUUCGAAUUUUUUCGUUUGCAAGAGAAGGCAGCCAUAUACACUUAACAGAUAGUCCCAGUAUUUUGUAAUUAGCAUCAAUGCUCUAACUUUUUAAUGUUCUUACGGUAAUGGACCAAAAUUGUGAUUUUUAAUUAUAAAAUAUUUGACUGCUGAUUAAAUUCCUGACGAAAAAUCAGUUAUUUUUUCUCAACCAGGCACAAAAUUGUGUUGUGAAAUAUUUUUAUUUGCUCAGUAUUACUUCAAUUUCUUAAUUAAUGUGAUUUGUAUGGGACCAAGAAAAACUUAUUGCGCAAUAGUGGUUUGUGUCCCCUGUUUGUACAUGACCCCCAUAACUUGAAUGUUGUUGUGACUGUAUUGUGCACAUGAGAGCCUAGCUCUCAGGUGACUUAUCAAGCAAAACAGGGAAAAUUGUUGAACUUGACUCGCAUUUUUGACUAUAAGUAUAAGAGGCUCUACUUUAGUAGGCCAUGUUGAUAUAGCAAGGUAUGAUCUAGUUGUCUAAAAAUUUACAUUACAUCCAGAAUUUUAAACAAUUUAAAAAGCAACAAAUAAUUUUCAAAAUAUCCACACAAAUUAGCAAAUAAGUAGGUGCUUUUAUUAAUGUAAAAAAUGUUUAAUGUUUUUAGACUUAAUUAGAAAAAUAUUUGUAUGAGUUUAUAGGCCUACAGCUGUAUGAGGCGAAUUAUCUCUGACAUUUUUCACACUUCUCCUCAUGGUCUCUGUUGGUUUUGUCAUUUAGCGCAACCUUUUUUUCUACCUCUAUCUUUCAUUCUUUGAUUACUGUACAUGUCAAGUGAUAACCAUAUCAAACACCAACCUGAGAACUCAAUGUAAACUUUUGGAGGCCCCAAAUAAUCAUUUGUUGCAUGUCACAAACUGUCAGAUAUUCAACAAUUUGUUCAACUAUCUGUUGAAUGCCACAAAUCAUCCAACUUACUUAUGUAAUAAAAGUGGACCGGAAAUAAAAACCAAAUUUUUCUUUGCUUUCACUGUGCCUUUAAAAAAACAAUGUUCACAUUAUUAAAAGAAUAUAUUUUCUUACAAAAUACUUUUUUCAAAGUCCACAGCGUUUUAGGUUAAAUAAAGUAUUUUAAAUUAUGUCUGUCUUCAAGAUUACUGGGGAGUCUAGAAGACUUAUUAAAUAGCCUACUUACUAAUUUAGAAUUCUUCAUUAAAUGCUUACUAAUUAACAAUUAAUUUAUUCUUUCAACUUACUUACAUCCCAUUUAAUAUUUCUUACUGUAUAAAACAAUCUUUGUAAACUUCCAUUACAAAGUUUACAAUACUCCUUAAAAACUUAAUAUGAAUCAUUCCUUUUCAACUUUUUAAAGAAUGUAUUUGUUGGUAAAAAAAAUUGUGAAAGAUUGAAUUUAAUUUAUCUGACAAGUUCCAAGAAAUUAUUUUAUUGUACUUGUUGAAUUUUGUGUCAUGUUAUGCAUUUGAAGGAGGAUGAUAUCUCAUUCGUGAUAGCAGUCUGUUGAAUGAUUGAUAGCAUUGAAAUUAUCUUUCUUACUGCCCCUAGCUUAAAGCUUGAUGUAAGAACCUAAAGGCCUGCAGUUUGUGUUGCACUGUACGGCUGUCUCAAUGUAGUUUUUUUUUACUUUUUUGGGCUAUUACAUUGUUGUCUAGUUCAAGUCUAGAUCUAAUAUGUGUUUGUUCUAGAUCAGCAUUUUGUUUUGUUCUAGCCGGCUAUUUUUAAUGUAUUUUUUGUUCUGUUUCUAGAUCUACAAGCUUUGUUUUCUCUGUUUGUUCUAGCUCAAUUUUAUUUUUGUUUAUAAAUUUUAUUGUAAAAAUUAUGAUGAUUUAUGUCAAUACUAAUUUAUGCCUAUAUAGAUCUAGAUCUAAUCUAUUUUUUUAAAUCUUUAUAUUGGUAGUGUUAUUUUAGUCAACGGUAGACAAAAUAAGUGACCAGCUUAUUUUUCUAAAAACAAAAAGGCUUCUCAGGAAAUAAACAGUGUAUGUUUAUUUCCUGUACCAUUAAAAAUAUCUGAGUUAAAAACAGAAACGCCUAGAUCUAGAUCUAGAGAAAAUGUAGAAUCUAUAUGGCAAAAGAUGCUUAUUUCAUUAAUUCACUUGAAAGUCUUAAUAUGUGGUCUCAUAAAAUUCAUUAUUUUCUUAGACUAAUCAAAAACCUGAUUCUGAUCAAUAUUAAUAAAGCAUAGUUUGUUUUUUUUUAAUUAUGUAUGCUACAAAUUAAGUAUUAAGGAAAAUCUCUAACAGAGUUUCUUCCAGGCAUCUCUUCUACCGCCCCCUGAACGAAAUGGAAUUUAUAUAAUUUAUAUACAAAAUAUAUACUUUUAACAGUGUCCCCCCCCCCCCCUCGGAGAAAAAAGUCUGGAAGAAACACUGAUCUCUAAAAGUAACCUUCUUGGGUAAUCUAUCGUUUUGGGUACGUAAAAUCGCCCGCGAUUUGUAAUGUGAAAAACAGGUGACUCCUUAAAUUUUAAUAAUUAUUUCACAUUUUGAGGAGGAUUUAUGUUUUAAAAAUUCAAAAAUGUUUCCUUGAUUCAUUUAUGUACCUGUUUUUAAACAAUUGAAUUAAAACUUUUCCGUAAUAAAUGAAGACUAGCGAUGUUUCCAACAGAUGCAACCAUGCUCAUUUACUAUAGCAGCCAUCUUGUCUAAGUUUUAUUUUUAUAAGCUUUAGCGCCAGAUUCAGGUGGAAGCCACUCUAUUUUACAAAUGGCUUCUGUUUAUAUAGCAAAUCUUGCUCUUAGACACUGCUGUUUAAAGUUAAUUUCUGGCCUAUAUCGAUAUAUUUAGCCAUUGAUUUAGGUUUAUUAUUCAUUUAUCUAUAAUAUUUGACACAAAAGUAUGACAAUAUACUUCUAUUAAAGCCUUGACAAUGAGGUAACGUUUUCGUACAUAAAUAGCCGCGGGCGAUUUUACGUACCCAAAACGAUAGAUUACCCCUUCUUGAUCCAAACUUCAUAAUUUAUUAUUUGUAAAAAUCAGUCCAACAGAAACUUUAGAAAUUCUAAAAACAUAGAUCUAGAAGAUAAAUAUAGUAUUAUAUAGAUUGCCUCUAACCACAACAAGCACGUUGUUUAUUUCGUCUACUGACGGUAUAUUUAUAAUUUAUUUGGUUGCCUGUAUGUGUACAAUAUGGCUGGGCUGUUACUUGCACUUUCUGACUAACUGGGGUUUAUAAAGUUACGUCAUGUUAUUUCAUCCAUUUUAUUAAAAUCUGGUUCAAUAAAUUUAUUUAUAUCAACCAUCAAACUUGAUAUCUGGUGUCUUGUUUUGUUUGUUCAGGAAUAAAGUCAUUUUAUCUAGAAAUUUUGUUUGUUUACUUGAAUAAAUGAUGGUCUGUAAGCUUUGUUUACUUGUAGAUCUAUAAUUUGUCUAGAAUGAUGGUGUAGGUUUUGUUUACUUUAAUAAAUAAUGGUCUGGAAGUUUUAUUUGUUUACUUUAAUAAAUAAUGGUCUGGAA